AUGUAUGAUACGGAGAGACAAGACACCGUACCAUCCAGUGUGCUCAGCGAUGCACCGGAUGAGUACAUGGCACUGCAGGACCUCAAGAGCAAGCCUGCCCUGCGAGCCAAGUUCAAUGUGAAGGACGAGUGGGUGCUGCCCUUUGAGGUCAUCCCCAUUAUAAACAUCCCCGAGUUUGGUGAUGCAGCAGCAGUCAAAGUGUGCCAGGAUCUCAAGAUCCAGAGCCAGAACGACAAGGAGAAGCUGGCCGAGGCUAAGAGACUCACUUACCUCAAGGGUUUCACGGAUGGAGUGAUGCUGGUGGGCGAGUUGAAGGGAAGCAAAGUGCAGGACGCCAAGCCGCAGAUAAAAAAGUUGCUGGUGGAGCGGGGUGAAGCAGUACCAUACAGUGAGCCGGAGAAAAGAGUAACCUCCCGGUCAGGGGACGAGUGUGUGGUGGCGCUGACGGAUCAGUGGUACCUCACGUACGGGGAGGAGCAGUGGCGCGCACAGGCAGAGGAGUGUCUGGCGGGCAUGCAGCUUUACAACGAGGAGACACGGCACGGGUUCCAGCACACUCUGGGAUGGCUGGAUAGGUGGGCGUGUUCUCGCUCCUUCGGCCUGGGCACGCGCAUCCCAUGGGACCCACAGUUCCUCAUUGAGUCCCUCUCUGACAGCACCAUCUACAUGGCCUACUACACGCUCUCGCACAUCCUCCAGGAGGGCGACAUCUUUGGCACGUCAGGCAAGCAGAGCAUCAAGCCCGAGCACCUCUCCCACGCCCUCUGGGACCAUCUGCUGCAGGGCGCUCCCAAGCCCGCCGACUGCGCUGUCCCCGAUGACGUGCUGCAGCGUGCGCGGGCAGAGUUUGAGUACUGGUACCCGUUUGACCUGCGAGUGUCGGGGAAGGACCUGAUCAACAACCACCUCACCUUCGCCAUCUACAAUCACACCGCCAUGUUCCCCAAGGAGCAAUGGCCGAGGGGAUUCCGCACCAACGGCCAUCUGCUGCUCAACUCGGAGAAGAUGUCCAAGUCGACCGGCAACUUCAAGACGAUUCGCCAGGCCAUAGAGGAGUUCUCAUCGGACGCAACUCGCUUCGCCCUGGCGGAUGCGGGUGACACGGUGGAUGAUGCCAACUUCGUGGAGGAGACUGCCAAUGCUGCCAUCCUGAGGCUCACAAAGGAGAUGACGUGGAUGGAGGAAGUGCUGGCGUCAGCAGCCACAGAGGGCGGUCUGCGCACCGGGGACGAGCGGUCAUUCGCAGACCGGGUGUUUGAGAACGAGAUCAAUCUCGCUGUGGCUCUCUCUAAAGCAGCUUUCGACAACAUGCUGUUCUGCAAGGCCCUCAAAACGGGCUUCUUCGACCUGCAGCUCGCACGGGACGAGUACCGGCUGUCAUGUGGAGCAGCGGGCAUGCACAAGGACCUGCUUUUGCGCUUCUGCAAAGUGCAGACGCUGCUGCUCAUGCCGAUCUGCCCGCAUUACGGGGAGCACGUGUGGAGAAAUAUUCUGAAGCUGCCCGGGGCAGGCAUCACAGCUGGAUGGCCGGAAGCAGCGCCUGCUGACAUGACCCUCAAGGCAGCCAACACGUACCUGCAGGACUGCAUAGUGGAUUUCCGCAAGCUCAUCACCAAGCAGCAGGCGUCAGCAGGGGGAGGCGGGAAGGCCAAGGGAGGGAAAGCAGCGGCGGUACCGAAGGAGGCACCGAAGAUAGCGGUGGGGGUGGUGUUUGUGGCCGAGCAGUACGGCGGUUGGCAGGCGGAGUGCCUUGGGCUGCUGCAGAAGCACUUUGAUGCGGAGAAGAAGGUUUUCAACGAUGAUGCUGGUCUGCUGGACGCGCUUAAAGCCAGCCCUGUUGGCCAGCGCCCGGACUUCAAGAAGCUGAUGGGACAGUGCAUGGGGUUCAUCCGAUUCAAGAAGGACGCUGCUCUGCUGCAUGGCGCUCAGGCUCUGGACGUGAGGCUGCAGUUCGACGAGGCCAACGUGCUGCGGGAGAAUGCUGACCUCAUCAAGCGCCAACUGCAGUUAGACCAGUUCUCGGUGUUCCUCACAUCAGAUGCCGAUGCCAUUGCUGCCGUCAACUCCAAGGACGCCGCCCGCAUCUCUGCUGCUGUGCCAGAUGCUGAUGCUAUUGCUGCCGUCAACUCCAAGGACGCCGCCCGCAUCUCUGCUGCUGUGCCAGAGGAAGGUGUGGGGGAGGAGGGGGGGUGUUCCUCAAAUUGGACUCUGGUGUCGUUCUGUGUGUCAGUCCCACAGGUGUGUGUUGCACAGCGCGCGUUUUUCGAGUUGCACGCGCUGCGGCUGGGAACGGACAAGGCGACGUACGGUGAUACGCUCGAGUGGCUGCUGAACGCCGCGAAACCCGCUAUCCAGCAGCUUAAAACGGGGACGGGCGGAGCGGCGGGAGGGGCGGGAACUGGGGGGGGCGCGGCUCGUUCCGGCGGAAGCAAGAAGAAGAGGAACAAUCGCAACCGACGUAAACAAGGACAGAUGGGGGAUCAGCAGGGCGCGGAAGGGGGAGGGGAGGGGGGAGCGGAAAGGGGAGCGGAAGGGGGAGCGGGGGGAGGAGCGGGAGGAGCAGAGGGAGGGGGAUUGGGAGGAGGAGUGGGAGGGGGGGAGGGAGGGGGGGUGGGAGGAGCAGUCGGAGGAGCAACGUGA